AUGGCCGGAGAACACCAGUUUGAUCCAUCACUGAUCUCUGCCGAUACCCACACUGCAACGCCAGACUCGUAUGCUGUGCGGCCAUUGCAACGGGGUGACUAUGGGAAAGGCUACUUUGACUGCUUGGCUACACUGACAUGGGUCGGAAAACCCACUCAGCAGGAGUUUGAAGAGCAAUAUGACUGGAUGACGACCAAAGGAGCGGAGUGGUUCUACAAUGUUGUGAUCGAGUAUGAGGCAAGUAUUCACAACUUCGGCAAGGGAGGACACAUCGAAGAUGUCUCAAUCGCAUCAGACCACCAAGGCAAGGGCUUAGGCAAAGUCCUCAUCAAUGCGCUCAACUCUGUUGCGAAGGCAACAGGAUGCUACCGAUGCACUCUGGAUUGCGCACCUCAGAACGAAGGCUUCUACGAGAAAUGCGGUUACCACAAAGGCGGCACAGAGAUGUCGCAGUAUUUCGAGGAGGCUAAAAGCGACUACGAACGGGGCUGA